CGCGCGUGCAUUGAGAAUGCAAACAUCUAAACUCGCCGGUAAUAUUUAGUUUUCGCACUGAUCAUUAGGGACCAAUAGUGUUUGGCCUGAGAUGAUCAAUAAUUGUAUCCCAGAUUGGCUGGAAGUAACGUGACAGCGCGCUCUCGAUCAUCAUCCUCCAGUGCGCCAUGAAGGCGCUGCUCGUGCUCGUGCUCGCGCUCGCGCUCGCGGGCUGCUGGUGCAGAUACUGUCCUGACCUGAUGAUUGACAGCUGUCACUGCACCUCGGAGAGAUCAAAGGAGUUUAAUAGGCAGAGCGUGCGCGUGAAGGUUGUGUGCGAUGAUGCGGACCUGACGGAAACCAUGCAGCCCGGCUCUUUACCCAACGCAACAGUGUCACUGAUCCUGAGCAACAAUAAGAUCUCGACUGUGAAGAAUAACUCUUUCCUCGGCCUGAGAGCUCUGGAGAGACUGGAUCUCAGAAGUAAUCUCAUUAGCAGAAUCGCUCCCGGUGCGUUUCAUGGACUGACGGCUCUGAAGAGAUUGGAUCUUUCCAACAACAGGAUUGGCUGCUUCUCUCCUGAUAUGUUUCUUGACCUUGGCCGUCUCUCCAAACUGAAUCUGUCUGGGAAUAUUUUCUCCACACUGCCGGAGGGGCUUUUCACACACACACCUUCCCUGCGAGCGCUGAGCGUGGGCACGGACUCUCUGUUCUGUGAUUGCCAGCUUCAGUGGCUGCUGUCGUGGGUCAGGGUUCAGUCCGUGCGUGUGGCCAACGAAUCCGUGUGUGUGUAUCCGAGCCGUCUUCGUGGACUGGAGCUCCUCAGCCUUCAGGAACACCAGCUCACCUGCGACGGACCGCUGGAGCUGCCCGUCCUGCAGCUCAUUCCCACCCAGAGGCAGCUGGUGUUUCGCGGGGACCGUUUGCCGCUGCAGUGCACAGCCUCGUUCCUCGACCCGUCCGUCAGCCUGUCCUGGAGCCACGAGCAGCGUCCCGUUCACACACUGGAGGACAGCAUCCACUCACUCACUCACACACACACUCACUCACUGGAGGAGAGAGAGCUGAACGUGGAGGACAGCAUCAUUCACGACUGCUGCCUCAUCACCAGCGAGCUCAUCCUGUCCAACAUUGAUGUCGGGGUUUCCGGUAAUUGGCAGUGUCACGUGACCAGUUCCCGUGGCAACAGCUCAAUCGGCAUGGAGAUCGUGGUUCUGGAGACGACAGCGCUGUACUGUUCGGCCGAGAGGGUCAAUAGCAACAAGGGUGAAUUCAGGUGGCCGAAGACAUUGGCUGGUUUCCUGGCGUUCCUGCCGUGUGCGAUGGCCAGCGUUAGCUCCGCCUCUAGCCCCGCCCCUCAGGAGAAGAGGGCGUGGCGGAGGUGUGGCCAAUCGGGCCGGUGGGCGGAGCAUGACUAUAACCAGUGCUCAUACGCAAACCAGUUCACACGCAGCCUGCAUGAACUCACACAGAUCCCAGUGAACGUGUCCAGCGCGCUGAGGGUGGCGCAGAGUCUCUCCUCUCUCACCAGCAGGGCGGCGCUGUUCGGAGACAUGAUGGAUGUCAUAUUUGUCACUCACCUGAUAGAAAGACUCACACGACUGGUGGAUGAUGUCAGAGAGUUGGGUGACCAUGUGUUCGUGAUGGCCAGUAACAUGAUGCAGGUGGAGGAACACGUUCUCUGGAUGGCUCAGAAUGAAGCUCGCGCGUGUACACGUAUCGUCCAGUGUGUGGAGCGGAUCGCAGAUCUCGCGCUCAACGCCAACAACACCGCCAUCUCGAAGGUUUCUGCUAACAUCGCUCUGGAGGCCCUGAUGGUCCCCCCGACUCUCAUGGGUUUAUUGUGUACGGCGGCUCUACUGCCCCCGGUGGCCGAACCGGGUCACGACGAGAGCGGAUCACAGCGCACACACACCCUGCUCAACUUCAGAUGUCACUCGGUUAAUGUCUCCGGCUCACCCAUGGCUCAGCUCAACCAGAACACGGUGGCCAUCGCUUCCAUACAUUUCCCGCUGGCUUUCCCCCAGUCUGAGGAGAACUCCACCUGUAAGCUGCAGCUGAUCGUCUUCCGCAAUGGAAAACUCUUCCCAUGCACGGGGAAUUCGUCAAAUCUCGCGGACGAUGGGAAGCGCAGAAGCGUUUCGACACCAGUUGCGUUCACCAAAUUAGAUGGGUGUAGCCCCGGGAGCCCCGUGCAGCCGGUUACCGUCGCUCUCCGGCACUUCUCGUUGGGUGUAGACCCCACCGCCGCAUACUGGGAUUUUGACCUGCUUGAUGGACACGGUGGCUGGCGCGCGGAAGGCUGUCAGAUAACCGGCUCCGCGCACAACACGACCACCAUCCACUGCGCGCACCACAACAACCUCGCCGUGCUCAUGGAUCUGAAGAAGGUGCUGUCGUUCCCUCCGUAUCCGGGAGAGUUCCUGCAUCCGGUGGUUUACGCCUGUACGGCUGUCAUGCUCCUCUGUCUGUUUGCCUCCAUCAUCACCUACAUAGUGCACCACAGUACAAUCCGGAUCAGUCGUAAGGGAUGGCACAUGCUCCUGAACUUCUGCUUCCACUCGGCGCUGACGUUCGCUGUGUUCGCUGGAGGCAUCAACCGAAUCAAACACCCCAUCAUCUGCCAGGCCGUCGGGAUCGUGUUGCAUUACUCUUCUCUGUCCACUAUGCUCUGGUUGGGUGUAACGGCACGAAACAUCUACAAACAAGUGACCAAAAAACCCCAGCAAACACAGGACGGAGAUCACACGCCGCCUCACCCGAAGUCCCCCAUGCUGAGGUUUUAUUUAAUCAGUGGAGGAGUUCCCUUCGUCAUAUGUGGGAUCACAGCAGCGAUCAGCAUGGACAACUACGGUAGUGGAGAGCAGACGCCGGUUUGUUGGAUGGCGUGGGAACCCAGUCUAGGAGCGUUUUACGGUCCGGUGGCCUUCAUCCUCCUGGUGACCUGCAUCUACUUCAUCGUCACCUUCAUCCAGUUACGCAAACACCCGGAGAAGAAGUACGAGCUGAAGCCUGUGAGCGAAGAGCAACAGAGACUCGCCGACGUCCACCAGAGCGAGACGAGACCCGAACCCGGUCAGUGUCACGGCGGAUGCCCGGGCCUCAUCAACCCCUCCACGCUAGCGAACGAACACUCGUUUAAAGCUCAGCUGAGGACGACUGCCUUCACGCUGUUUUUAUUCCUCACCACGUGGACAUUCGGUGCUCUCGCGGUCACACAGGGUCACUUUCUAGAUAUGAUCUUCAGCUGCUUAUACGGGGCGUUUUCCGUCACGCUCGGGUUAUUCGUACUAAUCCACCAUUGCGCGAAACGUGACGACGUGUGGCAUUGCUGGUGCGCGUGUUGUCCGGGACGCCGCUUGAAUACGAGUAAUAACAAAGCGUGUCACGCGCACAAAUCCAACGUGAACGGGGACAUGCGACACUGCCAUUCGGAUUCAAUUUGCCCGGGGAAAUCGAUUCUGAGCCAUUCGCAUUGUGCGUGUCAGACUCACAAUCACGUGACUUGCUUGACGCCGGUUUCGCCGUGUUGCGCCGCGCUUCAGCUUCUCGAUGACGAAAACACGCCUCAUGUGCUUCUCCACGCCGACCCCGAAGGAUACCGACCCGCCGUGCAUCUGCACCGCUGCGUGAAACCCGUCAGGACUAAAGCGCGACGCCAACGAGAACUCGCGUUUCGGAUUCCCUCGGAUGGCGCUAGUGCUAGCGCGCAUAGCUCGCGCGCCAACUCCCCGCACGACCACAUCUGCCACCUCGCUCACGACUCCUGCCAUCAUCAUCAUCAUCACGUGUGUUGCGCUAAAGACGAGCUCCUGAACGAGACGUUUCUGUGCGGCUGCGGGAAGACGGCGGAGGACGAUCUGCAUCACACACACAUCGAGCUUCACGCUCGCACACACUCGCUGGCCAAUCAGAACGGGCUCCUCAAGGGGAACGCGCUGUACCCGCCCGACGGCACGGGGAAUAUACGCACCGGACCCUGGAGGAACGAAACUACCGUGUAGUUCCAGGGAUCCAUCCCACUCUAGGAUUUAAGAAAGGAACUUUUUUUUUUAGUUCCAUCACGAGUUUUGUUCGCUGUUU